AUGGGCUUCUCCGCCCUGGUCGCCAGCGCCCUGUGCACCUUCCUGCUGCCCCUUCUGCUCUUUCUGGCCGCCGUCAAGCUCUGGGACCUGUACUGCGUGAGCGGCCGCGACCGCAGCUGCCCGCUCCCGCUGCCCCCGGGCACCAUGGGGCUCCCCUUCUUCGGGGAGACGCUGCAGAUGGUGCUGCAGAGGCGGAAAUUCCUGCAGAUGAAGCGCAGGAAAUACGGCUUCAUCUACAAGACUCACCUCUUCGGGCGGCCCACGGUGCGGGUGAUGGGCGCCGAGAACGUGCGGCACAUCCUGCUGGGCGAGCACCGGCUCGUCUCCGUGCAGUGGCCCGCCUCGGUGCGCACCAUCCUGGGCUCGGGCUGCCUCUCCAACCUCCACAACGGGCAGCACAAGCACCGCAAAAAGGUGAUCAUGCGGGCCUUCUCCCGGGACGCCCUGCAGCACUACGUGCCCGUCAUCCAGGAGGAGGUGAGCGCCUGCCUGGCACAGUGGCUGGGCGCUGCCGGGCCCUGCCUGCUGGUGUACCCCGAGGUGAAGCGCCUCAUGUUUCGCAUCGCCAUGAGGAUCCUGCUGGGCUUCCAGCCCCGACAGGCCAGCCCCGACGGCGAGCAGGAGUUGGUGGAGGCCUUCGAGGAGAUGAUCCGCAAUCUCUUCUCCCUCCCCAUUGACGUGCCCUUCAGCGGGCUCUACCGGGGCUUGCGGGCACGCAACAUCAUCCACGCCAAGAUCGAGGAGAACAUCCGUGCCAAGAUGGCCCGCAAGGAGCCUGAGGGCGGCUACAAGGAUGCGCUGCAGCUGCUGAUGGAGCACACACAGGGCAACGGGGAGCAGCUCAACAUGCAGGAGCUGAAGGAGUCUGCCACAGAGCUGCUGUUUGGGGGCCAUGAAACCACUGCUAGUGCUGCCACGUCGCUGAUAGCCUUCCUAGGGCUCCACCACGAUGUCCUGCAGAAAGUGAGGAAAGAGCUGCAGGUGAAGGGGUUACUGUGCAGUCCCAACCAAGAUAAGCAGCUGGACAUGGAGGUCUUGGAGCAGCUGAAGUACACGGGCUGUGUCAUCAAAGAGACCCUCAGACUGAGCCCUCCUGUUCCUGGAGGAUUUCGAAUUGCGCUCAAGACCCUUGAGCUGAAUGGUUACCAGAUCCCUAAAGGUUGGAAUGUUAUUUACAGUAUCUGCGAUACCCACGAUGUGGCAGAUCUCUUUACCAACAAGGAUGAAUUUAACCCAGAUCGCUUCAUGUCUCCAUCUCCAGAGGAUUCUUCUAGGUUCAGUUUCAUCCCUUUCGGUGGGGGCUUGAGGAGCUGCGUGGGCAAAGAGUUUGCAAAAGUCCUUCUAAAAAUAUUUACAGUGGAGUUGGCUCGGAGCUGUGACUGGCAGCUGCUGAACGGACCUCCUACAAUGAAAACGGGCCCCAUAGUGUACCCUGUGGACAAUCUGCCUACCAAAUUCACAGGUUUCAGUGGCCAAAUCUGA